UCCGAGGGACGUGCCCAGAGUGGGGAAGCGGAGCAAUUCGGGGGGCGAGCCUGCCCGAAAUGUGGGGAGCGCCGGCUGCCCCGCGGGGCCACCCCGCUCCCCCCGGGCUGCUGCCCGUGACCUGGCUGCUGGCGCUGCACGCAGGUCUGCUGGCAGGGGUGAACAUCACCAGCCCCACGCCGCUGGUGCGCGGCACGGCGGGCAAGGCGGCGCUGCUGUCCGUGCGCUACGCCAGCGCCAGCGCCGACAAGCCGGUGGUCAAGUGGCAGCUGAAGAGGGACAAACCCGUCACCGUGGUCCAGUCCAUCGGCACCGAGAUCAUCGGCAACCUGCGGCCCGACUACCGCGACCGCAUCCGCGUGCUGGAGAACGGCUCGCUGCUCAUCAGCCCCCUGCAGCUGGCGGAUGAAGGCGCCUACGAGGUGGAGGUGUCCAUCACCGACGACACCUUCACUGGCGAGAAGACCAUCAACCUCACCGUGGACAUUCCCAUCUCAAAGCCACAAGUGCUGGUGGCCUCCUCAACGGUGCUGGAGCUCAGUGAGUUCUUCACCCUCAACUGCUCACACGAGAAUGGCACCAAACCCACCUACACCUGGCUGAAGGACGGGCGGCCGCUCAGCAACGACUCCCGCCUGCUCCUCUCCCCUGACCAGAAGAUCCUCACCAUCACCCGGGUUCUCAUGGCUGAUGAUGAUGUCUACAGCUGCCUGGUGGAGAACCCCAUCAGCCACGGCCGCAGUGUCCCCGUGAAGCUCACUGUUUACCGCCGGAGUUCUCUUUACAUCAUCCUGUCCACGGGUGGAAUCUUCCUUCUUGUCACCCUGGUGACAGUUUGUGCCUGCUGGAAACCCUCCAAGAAGGAGAAGCGACAAGCGGAGGCACAACCAACCUCUGACUACGCCGAGCAGGAUGAGGAGCGCCUGAAGCACGAGGCCGAAGGCAUCCCACGGAGCGGCGAGCACGAGCGCAAGAACCCCGUGGCUUUGUACAUCCUUAAAGAUAAGGACUCGCCAGAGGCGGAGGAGGAUGCGCUGCCCGAGCCCCGCGGCACAGUGGAGCCAGGUUACACCAGCUCGCCGGUACCAGCGGCCGGUCGCUCGCCAGGACCAGUGGGGCGUUCGACUCGCCGUUACCACCGCUCGCCAGCUCGCUCACCCGCCUCGACCCGGACCCACAGGUCACCCCCGGGCUCUCCCGCACGCUCCCGCGGCGCCCCGCGGCUGCUGCGGACUGCGGGCGUGCACGUCAUCCGGGAGCAGGAGGAGGCCAACGCCGUGGAGAUCAGUGCCUGAGCAGGGCGGACUGUGCGCGCUUUGGUGGCAGCGUGCGAGCGAGCGGGGACACCGGCACGGCCACGCUGCCGCCACCGAGCGAGCGGGGACACCGGCACAGCCCUGCUCCCACCGCUGGGCGUCAUUCCGCUCGGCGUAAAGUCACUAAUUUCCUAUUGAUCCCACCCAGAGCUCCCCUCUUCCGUCCCCCAUCUUCCUGGGACAUCGCUUUAAUGGCUUUCUCGCCGGGACGAGUGUGCGGGGAGCGUGCAGAAAGCACAGGCGUGUGCGGAGAGAACAUGCAAUCAGUGCACGGAGGGAGUGCCAGAGGGUGCGCACUAAGCACUGCACAGAGCGGGCAUGCAUGGGGCGUGCAGGAGGGCGAGGGACUGUGCACAUGGCGGGCAGGCACGAGGGUGUGCAGCAGGUGUGCACACAGUGUGGAGCCCGUGGGGAGAACACGGAGCGUGCAGCUGAGACUGCACAGAGUGUGCCCAGAGCGUGUGUGGAGUGUGCAGAGAGACCACUGAACCUGCAUGGCCUGUGUGAGCGUGCCAGCACAGGGUGUGUGUUCCAAGUGUGCACAGAGUGUGCAUGGAGCACGUGGAGUGAACAGGCACGCAGCAUCUGCAUGGAACAUGCAUGAGCAAAGAGGGUGUGUGCAGUGCUUGCACAAAGCACACAGAGUGUGUGGUGUUUGUGGAGAGAGUGAGCACAGAGUGAGCAGUUGAGUGUGCUCAGAGCAGGCAUAGGAGUGAACCUGCAGGGCUGGCACAGGGUGUGUGGAGCCUGCAGUGAGUGUGCACAGUGUGUGUGCAGUGUUUGCACAGGGUGUGUGGAGCCUGCAGUGAGUGUGCACAGUGUGUGUUCAGUGUUUGCACAGGGUGCGUGGAGCCUGCAGUGAGUGUGCACAGUGUGUGUGCAGUGUUUGCACAGGGUGUGCAUGGAGCCUGCAGUGGGUGUGCACAGUGUGUGUGCAGUGCUGGCACAGGGUGUGCAUGGAGCCUGCAGUGGGUGUGCACAGUGUGUGUGCACAGUGUGUGUGCAGUGCUGGCACAGGGUGUGUGGAGCCUGCAGUGAGUGUGCACAGUGUGUGUGCAGUGUUUGUACAGGGUGUGUGGAGCCUGCAGUGAGUGUGCACAGUGUGUGUGCAGUGUUUGCACAGGGUGUGUGGAGCCUGCAGUGAGUGUGCACAGUGUGUGUGCAGUGCUGGCACAGGGUGUGUGGAGCCUGCAGUGAGUGUGCACAGUGUGUGUGCAGUGUUUGCACAGGGUGUGUGGAGCCUGCAGUGGGUGUGCACAGUGUGUGUGCAGUGCUGGCACAGGGUGUGCAUGGAGCCUGCAGUGGGUGUGCACAGUGUGUGUGCAGUGCUGGCACAGGGUGUGUGGAGCCUGCAGUGAGUGUGCACAGUGUGUGUGCAGUGUUUGCACAGGGUGUGCAUGGAGCCUGCAGUGGGUGUGCACAGUGUGUGUGCAGUGCUGGCACAGGGUGUGCAUGGAGCCUGCAGUGGGUGUGCACAGUGUGUGUGCACAGUGUGUGUGCAGUGCUGGCACAGGGUGUGUGGAGCCUGCAGUGAGUGUGCACAGUGUGUGUGCAGUGUUUGUACAGGGUGUGUGGAGCCUGCAGUGAGUGUGCACAGUGUGUGUGCAGUGUUUGCACAGGGUGUGUGGAGCCUGCAGUGAGUGUGCACAGUGUGUGUGCAGUGUUUGCACAGGGUGUGUGGAGCCUGCAGUGAGUGUGCACAGUGUGUGUGCAGUGCUGGCACAGGGUGUGUGGAGCCUGCAGUGAGUGUGCACAGUGUGUGUGCAGUGCUGGCACAGGGUGUGUGGAGCCUGCAGUGAGUGUGCACAGUGUGUGUGCAGUGUUUGCACAGGCUGUGUGGAGCCUGCAGUGAGUGUGCACAGUGUGUGUGCAGUGCUGGCACAGGGUGUGUGGAGCCUGCAGUGAGUGUGCACAGUGUGUGUGCAGUGUUUGCACAGGCUGUGUGGAGCCUGCAGUGAGUGUGCACAGUGUGUGUGCAGUGCUGGCACAGGGUGUGCAUGGAGCCUGCAGUGAGUGUGCACAGUGUGUGUGCAGUGCUGGCACAGGGUGUGUGGAGCCUGCAGUGAGUGUGCACAGUGUGUGUGCAGUGUUUGCACAGGGUGUGUGGAGCCUGCAGUGGGUGUGCACAGUGUGUGUGCAGUGUUUGCACAGGGUGUGUGGAGCCUGCAGUGGGUGUGCACAGUGUGUGUGCAGUGUUUGCACAGGGUGUGUGGAGCCUGCAGUGAGUGUGCACAGUGUGUGUGCAGUGUUUGCACAGGGUGUGCAUGGAGCCUGCAGUGGGUGUGCACAGUGUGUGUGCACAGUGUGUGUGCAGUGCUGGCACAGGGUGUGUGGAGCCUGCAGUGAGUGUGCACAGUGUGUGUGCAGUGUUUGCACAGGCUGUGUGGAGCCUGCAGUGAGUGUGCACAGUGUGUGUGCAGUGCUGGCACAGGGUGUGCAUGGAGCCUGCAGUGAGUGUGCACAGUGUGUGUGCAGUGUUUGCACAGGCUGUGUGGAGCCUGCAGUGAGUGUGCACAGUGUGUGUGCAGUGCUGGCACAGGGUGUGUGGAGCCUGCAGUGGGUGUGCACAGUGUGUGUGCAGUGUUUGCACAGGGUGUGCAUGGAGCCUGCAGUGAGUGUGCACAGUGUGUGCAGUGCUGGCACAGGGUGUGUGGAGCCUGCAGUGAGUGUGCACAGUGUGUGUGCAGUGUUUGCACAGGCUGUGUGGAGCCUGCAGUGAGUGUGCACAGUGUGUGUGCAGUGCUGGCACAGGGUGUGUGGAGCCUGCAGUGAGUGUGCACAGUGUGUGUGCAGUGUUUGCACAGGGUGUGCAUGGAGCCUGCAGUGAGUGUGCACAGUGUGUGUGCAGUGUUUGCACAGGGUGUGUGGAGCCUGCAGUGGGUGUGCACAGUGUGUGUGCAGUGCUGGCACAGGGUGUGUGGAGCCUGCAGUGAGUGUGCACAGUGUGUGUGCAGUGCUGGCACAGGCUGUGUGUGGAGCCUGCAGUGAGUGUGCACAGUGUGUGUGCAGUGCUGGCACAGGGUGUGUGGAGCCUGCAGUGAGUGUGCACAGUGUGUGUGCAGUGUUUGCACAGGGUGUGUGGAGCCUGCAGUGAGUGUGCACAGUGUGUGUGCAGUGUUUGCACAGGGUGUGUGGAGCCUGCAGUGAGUGUGCACAGUGUGUGUGCAGUGUUUGCACAGGGUGUGUGGAGCCUGCAGUGAGUGUGCACAGUGUGUGUGCAGUGCUGGCACAGGGUGUGUGGAGCCUGCAGUGGGUGUGCACAGUGUGUGUGCAGUGCUGGCACAGGCUGUGUGGUGCACAUGGAGAGAACGAGCACAAAGCAGCUGAGCAAGCUUGGGGGUGCACACGCACACGGGGAGCACACAUGUGUGUGCAAGAGCACAGUGCCUGCCCACAGUGGCACACCCCCAUGCAUGGAGCAUGACAUGCACUGGCACACAAGCUCGCCCAAGGGCACAACAUGCAUCAGGCAGUCUAAACAGGGGGCUCCUUCCUGCCUCCCCAGCUCCCCAGCUGCAAUGUCCCCUAAACGUGGGCUGGAAGCCUGGGCCCAAGCAUUGGCCCUUUGCCACGGUAGGAUUUUCUGUGAAAAUCCCCGGGUUUUAGGGCACACAACGCUGUCUCUCCCCAAGCCUUCAUGGGAAAUAGGUUUAGGAUGAAAAGCAGAGAGUGGCUGGCCGAGUGAGCCAGGCCCUGGGGCACCCGGGGUGGGUGCCAGGGCACCCCGCAGUGCUCGGGGUGCACUACUAACCAAUAAACUAAACGUACUACCCAUCUGGUGGUGGCACCCUUGGGUGUCUUUGUGGGACAGCGGUCACCCAGGAUGGGGGGACACACGAGAAGUGGCUGACAGGUAAGACCACACAAACCCGAUGCACCUGGCUGGCACUCCAACUGGCACUUGACCUUGGAAUGUUCCCUCUGGUACCUACUGGUGGUGUCCUCAGCUGAGAGCCCAUUUCUUCUUAAUUUGUCUUCCUCUGAAUGUGGCGAAGGAAAAGGGGAAUUUAUUCUGACUAAUUAAAUUCAUUAACUGCUGGUGUCCCCC